GCUAUACUUUUAUAUAUCCUCGUUUAAGUCAUCUAAAUGACAGUAGUUACGGAUAUAACUGGAAACGAUGGACCGUUUUUUUAUUCAGUUUUAGCACAAAGACCGACAGCGGUAGACUUUUUAGCAGUGGGAAACUUUACUCAUCCUUCAGUUCGAAAUCUAAUUUUGGCAAAGUCAUCUUUUUUAGAAAUUCGGGAAAUAACCGCUCAAGGUCUACUGCCUUAUUAUGAAGUCCCUAUUUAUGGGAAAAUAGCGGCUAUCUUUUUAUUCAGACCCGACAAUUUUCAAAAAGAUCUUCUUUUUAUUAUUACUGAACGUUAUGAUUUUUGCGUGCUCAAGUACAGUUCAUCUACAAAAGAGUUGAUCACAGUCUCUUCAGGAAGCGCACAGGACUGCGUUGGUUAUCCUGCUGAUUGUGGCGUUCUUGCCGCUGUUGAUCCCUUCUGUCGCAUGAUCUGUUUACAUAUUUAUAACGGCGUUUUAAAGAUUCUUCCUACGAAUGCCUCCACUGGGCAGUUAAGCGAAGCGUAUAAUGUCAGGCUCGAUGUCCCCAAUGUUUUGGAUAUAAAGUUUUCCUAUGCAUCAACAAAGCCAACGAUUAUUGUUCUAUACCGAGACUUUCUUGGGCGAACUAACGUGGCUACUUAUGAGGUAGACGUUCGAGAAAAAGAUCUAACCCCUGGGCCGUGGGAACACAGCGAUGUCGAAGACGGUGCAGCCAUCUUAAUUCCCGUUCCUCCGCCUUUGAAGGGUUGCUUGAUACUAGGAGAGCAGCUGAUCACGCACCACAAAGACAGGCAAGGACGCUUUAAUAGCGCAGCCGUGAAUAGCACCUACAUGAAAUGCUACUGCCAGGUGGACGCCGAUGGCCAUCGCUACCUGCUCUCCGAUUAUUUGGGUCGGAUGUAUGUCGUCAAGUUGUUCGAAAACGAAAUCAAAGUAGAACUUUUAGGAAAAACAUCGUCGCCGUCUGCCAUAAGCUACCUUGAUAAUGGUUAUGUUUACGUGGGAAGUAAAAUGGGCGACUCCUGGUUAGUGAAACUCGAAAACAAAAGGAACGAACAUAAUAGUUUUCUAACGAUCGUUGCGAAGGAAGGCAACCUGGGGCCCAUCGUCGACUUCUGUGCCCUGGACUACGACGGCCUCGGUCAAGACCAGAUUGUCACGUGCUCCGGGGGCGACGCGGACGGCUCCCUAAAAAUAAUGCUCAACAGUUUGGGAGUACACCACAUGGCCGCACUCCGACUUGACGGCCUCACUGACUUGUGGGCGAUAAAGCGACAGUCUGCUUUAUAUGACGACCUUCUGUGCCUGAAUUUUACUAGCCGGACAGCCAUCUUGUCUAUUACUGGGGAAUUUGAAGAGCUGAGCCCUGAGAGCGUUCCCGGUUUUCUCUGUACCGUAACUUCUCUUUACUGUGGCGCAAUUGUAGGGAACAGAAUGCUGCAGGUGACCGAGAGGUCAGCAAGAGUCAUUGGUCCUCAGUUCGAGCUCAUCCGCGAGUGGACGCCUGAAGACGAAAGCCGUAUCACUAAAGUAGCAUGUAACGGCCGCGAGCUUGUUCUGGUUUUGGGAAGGAGGCUGGUUCAUCUCAACUUGGAGACGUGGCAGUCAAAAAGCGCGGACUGCGAGCAUGAGGUGGCCUGCGUAUCUGUACGUGCUGUGAGUGAAGGCGAUACUUGCUUAGAAUACUGCGCCGUUGGCCUUUGGGAGGAGGCCUGCGUUGUAGUUUACAAACUGCCGGAGUUGAGCGUGCUAACCAAGAGAAGCAUUGGAGGAGAUUACAUCGCCCGGGCGCUCCUCAUCGCCCGCUAUGGAGAGCACGAUUUUCUCUUUUGUGCGUUGGGCGACGGCACUAUGAUUUACUACAAGUUCCAUGGAAAAGAGCUGAACUGCGAAAGGCAGUUUUAUAUAGGGACGCGCCCGGUGAAGCUUACGCCUUUUCUUUCGGGAAACCGCGAGUGCGUGUUUGUCUCUUCGGACAGGCCGACAGUCAUUUUCAGUAUGAACGCCAAGAUUGUUUGUUCAGUGGUCAAUUUGAAGGAUGUUCGUCACAUGUGCCCAGUCACCACGCCACUGUUCCCCAAUUGCCUGGCGUUAUGCACUGAAGGGGUCCUUAGUAUCAGUACAAUCGAUAGCGCUCAGAAGCUGCACAUUCAGUCGCUUUUUUUGGGAGAAAUGCCUCGCCGUCUGGCCCAUAUGAAGGAGUCAGGGACCUUUGCUGUGUUGACUACUCGUGAAGAGCUUCGCAACGACAAACAACUUACUGAGAGACAUUUUGUGAAACUUUUUGAUGAUCAACUAUUUCAAAUGACUUCUUGCUAUGAGCUGGACGACAACGAGCAUGGUUGUAGUAUAGUGUGUAUGCAUCUUGAGGAGAUUGGUAUACGUGCCGUGUAUGUUGUCGGAACUGCUAUUCCCCUCCCGGCGGAUCAAGAGCCCCAAUCCGGCCGCUUGCUAGUGUUUGCGGUGGAAGAUGACAAGCUUCAUUUGAUUUCCGCAUAUGCUGUGUCCGGAGCGGUUUACUGCCUUUCAUAUUACAAAGGCCUUCUUGUUGCUGGGAUCAACGGAACUGUUUCAAUGUUUAGCUUUGAGAACACUACGGACAAAGGGCUUGUGAUGAAACAGGAAGAGGCGCAUUCCAAGCAAGUCGUUGUGUUAAGCUUGAAAGCCAAGAACGAAUAUUUUCUUGUGGGAAAUCUGUUUCGCUCGUUGAGUUUGCUUAAAUACAACGAUCUUACCAACUCCCUUGAACAAGUUGCCCAGGACCCCGAGAGCAAAGUCACCACUGCCGUGGAGAUUGUGGACGACAACUGCUUUAUAGGCGCUGAACACUGUUACAAUUUCUACGUUAUGAAACGGACUGAAAAACAAAGCGAUUCAGAAGCUGUCGACUCCCUCAUUCCCUGCGGAGAGUUUCACAUAGGCGAGUAUGUCAACCAGAUCCGGCCGGGUUGCCUUAUUAUCAGAGAUCUACAUGAUGCUGAGGGGUCCGCACGUCCUCUGUUAGUCUACUGCUGCGUGUCCGGAGCUGUGGGCAUCCUCGCGCUUUUAAAUCGUGAUCAAUUUGCAUUUUUACUUCAGCUCCAGCAAAAUAUCAACCAAGUAGUAAAAGGUGUCGGCGGCUUUAGUCACGCAAAAUGGCGGUCGUUUUCAAAUAGCCGACGGGAGUGCGAGUCUUCCAACUUUAUAGAUGGCGACUUGGUAGAAUCGGUACUGAGUUUGGGAGACGAUCUACUGGAAAAGAUUUGCAAGGGCUUGUACAAGUCCGAGGGCGGCGAGCGACACCAGGUCAACAAGAAAGAACUACUGAGAAUUGUGGGAGAGCUGUCGAGAAUUCACUGAGCGCCGCCGAUGUACAGCAUAAACUUUUUUUA